CCAAUGGUGAGCAACAUGGGAAAAAAUGACGUCACGUUGAAGUAUUAAUAGCCGGCCUCGUUUACUGGCACGUCAAUAGUUGUUUUUAACGGUGUAUUACAGAAGAGGGACGUCCGACGCAACCAUUUCCUAGCACACUUCGACCCUAAAGGAAAUACGACAUGGCCCGUACCAAGCAGACCGCUCGUAAGUCUACUGGAGGAAAAGCGCCAAGGAAGCAGCUUGCUACCAAGGCUGCUAGGAAGAGCGCCCCCUCCACGGGAGGAGUGAAGAAACCACAUCGUUACAGACCUGGCACUGUGGCUUUGAGGGAGAUCCGUCGCUACCAGAAGUCCACAGAGCUGCUUAUUCGUAAGCUUCCCUUCCAGCGUCUGGUCAGGGAGAUCGCCCAGGAUUUUAAGACUGAUCUUCGUUUCCAGAGUGCUGCUAUUGGAGCUCUCCAGGAGGCAAGUGAGGCAUAUCUGGUGGGUCUCUUUGAGGAUACCAACCUUUGUGCCAUCCAUGCAAAACGUGUCACCAUCAUGCCAAAGGACAUCCAGCUGGCUCGCAGGAUAAGGGGAGAAAGGGCCUAAAUGGCCACUAAUUGUCAUUAUCAUGGCAAACGAUCCUAUUAUCAUACUUUUCCAUUUUGUGGACAUUUUUAUUUCUUGGGUUUUUUAAUGAGUUCUUCUUUGAAUUUUAUAUAUAUAUUUUUUUUUUAGUGAUACAACAUACCAACCAUUCCACAAGCCCAAGUGCACCAUGGACAUGAUUACCUUUUGGGUUGUCAUGCUAAAUGUAACUAUUUCAGUUAAUUGUACACGUUGGGCUCCUUCUGUUGAUGGUGCCGUCUAAAUCUAGGCAAGAACUAAUUCACACCUUCUGGGAGCUACUAUUGAUCAGAAAAUGCCAGCAUGCCAUCCUGGGUGCACCUCACAGCAUGGUCAGAGUAUUUGCUGUCUCAGUUGAUCCUCUGUACUGUUGGGAGCAUUUCAGAUCCCUGUGAUUUUUUUUUUUUGUGCUGCUUCUUAUGCGUUUUAUCAAACACAAAAUCUUGGCAGCUACAUUUAAUACUAUUUAUGAGAUGUUGUCACAUGUCUUUCUAUUAAAGGUCUUUAUGAAUACCAA